AUGGAAAGGCGAGCAAAUACCAUGUACGGGGAGUGUAGGUUCUGUUUAUUAAAAGGAUAUCACAGAGAUAUCAUGAAGGAAUACUUCACGAGCGGCACUCGCGAAGUUUACCUCGAUAUUUUUAUGGAAUGUUUCAAUUUAUAUCUAUCUACGAACAAGCAGCUGAGCACGUUGAUAUGUACGUCAUGCAUCCAUCGGCUAAGGGAAGCAAAUCGUUUCCGCCUCAUGGUCGUCAACACAGAACAGCAGUUGCUAUCAAGGAUACACGACAAGGAAACGAUUUUCAUCAAUGUGGGCGAUAUAGAAACAGAUAUGGACAUCAAACCGGAGAACGGUCACCAGCUGGAGAUCAAGACGGAGCCCAGCGACUCCAACGACUGCGACUUGGAGUUCAACUCAUUUGAUGAUAACGAUGAUACAGUAUUACAAGACGAUGAUAAAAAUGAUACAAUAGACGGCGAAGCGGAACUGCUGGCCAGGUUUCCUCAGAGGUACAAGCUGCCUACCAGGAAGAGUCUCUAUACACGUCCCUGUAAAGGUUUCGCCAUACAUCUGGAUAUGCUCAGAGGUAAAAAUAUUUUCCCUAAAAUGGUCGCGAAACUAUUGGAAGAUGAAAGCGAAAACUCGUCGAGGAAAAAAGUGUACGUGACGGAAAAAAUGGCGCAAAUUCAGAACACGACAAUGCUGAUUGAGUACUCAAAUGUGACGGUAUUCAAGAGCAAAAACAGAGUGGGGUUCCCUUGCUUUUACUGUAGAAGUUCCUUUGAAAACUUCGACAUGCUACGCGAACACCAGGCGAAGGCCCACAAAAAGUCAGAGACGAGAAAAAUUGUAGCAAGAUACGGCACAGAAUGCUUGGUUGUUUAUGCGGACAUAACUGAUUUGAAAUGUCUAAUAUGUGAAGAAAAGCUCGCGAAUUUGAACGAACUUAAAGCUCAUUUAAUCAAAGUUCACGAUAAGAAAAUACACACCGAGUUCACAGACCGCGUGAUACCUUUCAAGUUGUCAAAUAAUAAGCAUCCGUACGAGUGCCAAACUUGCGGAUGUAAUUUUGAGACUUUUGGGUCGAUCGAGAGGCAUAUGAAUGUGCACUAUAGGAAUUAUGUUUGCAGCCAGUGCGGUACAGGAUUUGUAACCAAAUAUCGUUUAAAAGUUCACAUAAAAAGCAUGCAUGUCGGCGGAAACUUCCCGUGUGAAGUAUGCAAGAAAGUUUUCACAACCCACCAGAAACACAAGAAUCACGUGGACACAGUUCACAAAAUGGUGAAGAGAUUCAAGUGUCCAAAAUGUCCAGAACGGUUCUCGGAAUAUUUCAGAAGGCAGAAGCAUUUAGUUGAAACUCACGGAUCGGCUCCAUUAAGGUACAAGUGUAAUGUCUGCGAUAAGGCCUUUGAUAGACGGUACACACUAUCGAGACAUAUGAAGAGGGAUCAUUUAGAGGAAAGAGACUUUCAAUGUCAGCUUUGCGCUUAUAAGUGCUUCACGAAAAACGAACUAAGGGUGCAUAUGAUCAAGCAUAACGGUGAAAGGAUACACGAGUGCUCGGUAUGCAAGAAAUCCUAUGCAAGAAAGAAAACCCUAAGGGAACAUAUGAGGAUUCACAAUAAUGAUAGGAGGUUCUCCUGUGCAGUCUGCGGGCAGGCGUUUGUGCAGAAGUGUAGUUUGAAGGGACACAUAAAGACACACCACUUGGAUUAUAAUUUACCGUAAAUGUUGUAUAUUAAAUUAUAUUUUAUUCUA